CCUUGUUCUCGAAAGUCAUGGAAACGACCAUCAAUUGCCAGCUUAUGAGAUACCUUGAGGAGCACCAGCUGAUUAGUGAUCGUCAGUACGGCUUCCGUCAACGCCGCUCAGCUGGUGAUCUUCUUGCGUAUCUCACGCAUCGAUGGUCGGAGGCAAUCGAGGGCAAGGGGGAGGCCCUGGCGGUUAGUCUGGACGUAGCUAAAGCCUUUGAUCGGGUGUGGCAUAAAGCACUUCUGUCGAAGUUGCCUUCCUACGGGCUACCCGAGAAACUCUGCGAAUGGAUUUCCAGCUUUUUGGAGGGUCGGAGCAUCAAGGUGGUUGUCGACGGCGCAUGCUCUGACCCCAAACCAAUUAACGCUGGUGUCCCACAAGGCUGUGUACUGUCGCCAACCCUGUUUCUUCUGCAUAUCAAUGAUAUGCUGAAAAUUAGCAACAUACAUUGCUUUGCAGACGAUAGCACGGGUGACGCACU